AUGGAAGACCGUAACCAAUGCGAGCAUUGCUUCAAAAAAUUAUCAAGCACUUCUGCCUUAAUGCAGCAUCUUCAAAUCCACUCCAAAGACAAAAUCUGAAAAUGCAGCCUUUGUAAUAAAACAUUCGCUCAAAAAGCUAAACUCAUUGAGCACCAAUACCGGCACGAUGGAAUUUACCCCUUUAUCUGUGAACACUGCGGGAAAGGGUUUUACCAGAAGGACAGACUGAAAACGCAUGAGAUGGGACAUACUGGAGAAAGACCUUACAAGUGUGAUGAGUGUCCACUCAGUUUCAGAAGAAAAUAUGAACUAAACAAGCAUAAAAAGACCCAUAAUCCAAACGAAAAAGAUAAAAUGCUGAAACAUGUGUGCCCGAUUUGCGAUAAAAAAAAUUAUUCGCCUUCAGACCUCAAAAAGCACAUGCUAAAACAUAGUGAUAAGAGGACUGAACAAUGCCCAUUUUGCGAAAAAAUGUUUAAAGAAAAGUAUACUUUAAAAAGCCAUAUUCUGAUCCAUCAUGAGGCAGGAUUUAACGAAUUUUCUAAAGAGCUUGAAACUGCGGAGAACAAAGUUGGAAUAUUAUAG